AUGGAUGUAGAAGCAAAAGGAAACCUUGGAAAAGCUCAAUUUGUGCUACAACUUGACCAGUGUGGACGAUGUGUAUCUGAUUAUGUAUUACCUGCUACUUUGGCAAAAUCACCAAGGUGUAUGCCCAGAGUAAUUAGUCUAUCCUUCAGUGGUGCAUGUCGUCUUACAGAUAGAGGAUUGCGUCAACUAGUUUCCUCUGCUCCUGCACUUAGAUCCAUAAAUCUAAGCCAGUGCGCCCUUCUCACACCUGCCAGUCUUAAUAUUUUGGCUGAUUCAUUAGGGUCACUUCUAAAAGAGUUGUAUCUUGAGGACUUCCAACUCACUAAUGCAGUGCAAAUUUUGCCAGCACUGAAGAAACUUAAACAGUUAGAAGUGUUAUCAUUGGCUGGCAUUCAAGCAGUGAGUGAUCAAUUUAUCAAAGAUUACAUCAUUGUACAGGGUCACAACAUGAAGGAGCUUGUGUUAAAGAACUGUAUAAAUUUGACUAAUGCCUCAGUGCAAGCCAUUGCUGAACAAUGUCCCGGGUUGCAGGCACUUGAUCUUACGAACUUGUGCAAGUUGACAGAUUUAUCUAUAGAAUAUCUUACAAAUAAUUGUCAAGAACUGCGUAUAUUGAAGCUAUGCCGCAAUCCAUUCAGAGUGCUUACUGCUUAUGAUCUUGAUGUAUUCUGA